UGUGUGUGUGAGUGUGAGUGUGUGUGAGUGUGUGAGUGAAAUGUAAGAAAGGAGGGAGAGACUGAGAUUCGUCCGUCUGGAACGGCCUGAGAUGAUGAUGAGGAGGAGGAGGAGGAGGAUAGUGAAGAAGCAGCGGCUGCUGUUGACAAGCUGGGAUUUUGUUGCUGGAUGUUUUGGUCUCGCUGGUUUUGGAUACGAUGAGUUUGCUGCCAUUUGAUGGGAUUACUGCUUUUUCUUGGAGUGUUCACUUUUUCUCCUGUGUGUGUGCACUCCUGCCAGGAGGCUGCAAAGAUGAAGAGCGUUAAAAACACAAUAGAUGAGAUAAUGCAGCAGGACAUCAGGCCCCUGCUGGCCGUCGACAUCAUAGAGCAGCUUCACCGCCAGUUUGCCUUGCUUUCAGGAGGGCGAGGGAACGAUGGUGCCCCCAUCAUCACUUUCCCGGAGUACUCAGGCUUCAGUGAAGUGCCAGAGGAAGAUUUCCUCAAUGUAGUAACUUACCUGACCAGCAUCCCCAGCCUGGAUGCUGCCAGCAUUGGCUUCAUUAUCAUCAUUGACCGGAGGAAGGACAAAUGGAGCUCAGUAAAGGCGUCGCUAUCUAGGAUCGCUGGGGCAUUCCCAGGAAAUCUUCAGUUGGUGUUGGUGCUUAGGCCAUCCAGGUUCUUCCAGAAGCAUAUAGCAGACAUAGGGAUCAAACUGCACAAGGAUGACUUCAAAAUGAAGGUACCGAUCGUGAUGCUGAACUCUCUGUCUGACCUACAUGGCUAUGUGGAUAAAAGCCAGCUGACCCGGGAGUUAGGAGGAAGCCUGGAAUACUCCCACAGUCAGUGGAUACACCACCGCACAGCCAUAGAAAACUUUGCCAUGACAGUGAAAACCACAGCCCAGAUGUUACAGAAGUUUGGGACAGACCUGUCAGAGACAGAGCUGCCCAACGACGUCCAGUGCACCAAAGACCUCCUCACAGCGCACAACGACAAACACGAUAACCUCAAGGAUGAACUGAGGCUUGCUGUGAAGCAAGGUACCACCUUGUAUAGUUGUAUCAAGGAUCAGGCAGCCAAGUCAGAGAAUCAGGAACUGAACCCCGAUGAGAUGGAGAACCAAACUACUGUGGAAAGGCUUCUGGCCCAGCUAGAUGAGACAGAAAACGCCUUUGAACAGUUCUGGAGCAAACAUCAUCUGAAACUGGAGCAGUGCCUGCAGCUGCGUCACUUUGAACAGGACUUCAGAGAGGUCAAAGUGUCUCUCGACAGUUUGAUGGGCACUUUGAACAGUAUAUCAGACACUGGGGAUUGUGUGGCCAGAGUUGAACAAUUGCUAAAGGAGCUGAAAACACUGGAGGAGAAAGCACAGCCCACACUGGAAAAGGCCCAGCUUCACGCACUGCAUGGUGACCAGCUGAUCCAGAGCAACCACUAUGCCGUGGACUCUAUCCGACCCAAAUGUGUCGAGCUCCGGCGUGUCUGUGAUGACUUCAGCAAUGAGGCCAAGAAAAAGACAGAUGUCUUGUCCAAAUCUCUGAAGAUACGCCAGGGCAUUGAUAAGGUUAACCAGUGGUGUGAGUCUGGCAUCUACCUGCUGGCAUCCCAGGCUGUGGAUAAGUGUCAAUCACAGGAGGGGGCAGAGUCAGCACUGACAGACAUCCAACGCUUUCUGGAGUCGGCGGAAAAGAACCAAUUGACUGAACUGAGGAAUCUCCACAAUCAGUACGAGGUUGCCCUGUCAGAGGAUAUCAAGGGUAGUGUGCUGAAGGCACUGAAGAGACUGGAAGAUGUUCAGGAAAUGUUUGAAAAGCGGCAUGUGAGUCUAAAGAGACUGUCAGCUAAACAGACAAGGCCUAUCCAGCCUGUUGCCCCACGGCCUGAGUCCUCCCCCAAACGGCCUUCGGUAAAGAACACCCCCAGGAGUGCAGGGAGCCAACAGCCUCUCGCUCGCAGAGCUUCCGAUAAUUCCAACAAGCAGCAAGCUGAAGCUGACCUCAACAAGAAGAAGAACAUACGCAAGGCAAAGGGAGGCAUCACGAUUGAGGUCAUGCACGAGGAAAGCCAAGGAGGCUCCACCCAUGUUGUUGUGACAAAUGAGACUGAGGAAAGUCUAUCCAGCAGACGGAGACAUAUCAUGACUGAGCUCAUUGAAACAGAGAGGCUGUAUGUGGAGGAGCUGCAAAGCAUCAUGGAGGGUUAUUUUGCUGAGCUCAAUAACUCCGAGCUCAGCCACCUCAUCCCUCCAUCACUGGAGAACAAAAGAGACGUGCUGUUUGGAAACCUGCCGGAGAUAUAUGAAUUUCACAACAAGACAUUUCGGAUGGAGCUGGAAAACUGUGCAGAGAAACCGGAGCUGGUCGGAACCUGUUUUCUGAAAAGGAAAGAAGAACUUCAGGUGUAUGAAAAGUACUGUCAGAAUAAACCACGUUCUGAAAUCCUCUGGAGGCAGUGUGGAGACAGCCUUUUUUUUCAGGAAUGCCAGAAGAAGCUGGACCACAAACUGUCUCUGGAUGCUUACCUGCUGAAGCCGGUCCAGAGGAUCACCAAAUACCAGCUCAUGCUGAAGGAGAUGUUAAAAUGCAGUAAUGGCGAGGGGAUGGCUGAGUUGGAGGAGGCUUUGGCCACCAUGCUGGACAUCAUCAAGUCUGUCAAUGACUCCAUGCACCAGAUAGCAAUCACCGGCUUUGAGGGAAAUCUGAGUGAACUGGGGAAGCUGCUGAUGCAGGGAUCCUUUAAUGUGUGGACUGACCACAAGAAAGGCCACAGCAAAGUGAAGGACCUGGCCAGGUUUAAGCCCAUGCAGAGGCAUCUCUUUCUGUACGACAAGAUGCUGCUGUUCUGCAAGAAACGAGAGGAGACCACUGACGGACACGAGAAGACCCCAUCCUACAGCUUCAAACACUCACUUAAGAUGAGUGCCGUGGGGAUCACAGAGAACGUCAAAGGCGACAGCAAAAAGUUUGAGGUUUGGUACAACGGCAGAGAGGAAGUUUACAUCAUCCAGGCCCCCUCCAUGGAUGUGAAAAAUAUGUGGGUGUCAGAGAUUCGGAAAGUUCUUACAGGCCAGCUGGAAGCGUGCAGAGAAGCGAGCCAGCUCAAUAUCUACGGGGCCCCCAUGAGGAAUGUACGUAAGAUGGCGCUGAAACACUCUGAUUCAUCAAGUCCUGAGUCCGGCUUCAGGAGGUCCAACCCCAGUCCUAAUAUGAGGCAGAAGAGAGCUGAUGCUUCAGCCAGCCAUUCAGGCCACUCGGCUGUUAAUGCUAGGAAGCAUUUCACCUUGCAAGGACUUUCCAACAGGAGGUCUCUUCCAGCAGAACCUGCUGCUAAAGAGGCUGAGGUCCCCCGCCGUUUCUCUCUCACUUCCUCUCUUGCUUCCUCCUCCUCCUCCUCCUCCUUCGCUACGCGACGCACAAAAGGUCCCCUCUCUGCUAGCAUAAAGAGCAAAAGGCAUGAAAUAAAAAGUGAUCCUACUCCAUUUGGUUAUGAAGAUACUUUGCGUGGAGCUAUGGCAGCAGUGGGGAAACGUCAGAGCAUGAUUAACAGCACUUCUGCUGGUGCUGGUGGCACCUCAGCUGUCCCUAGAUCCACCUCCCAACCAGGCUGGGCCCAGCGGCGUCUCCUUUCCAUGGACACAGAGGACUUUGAGACGAUUCCCUCCAGUGCCGAGGAAUCCUCCAACUCCUCAGACGAGGAAGGCAACAAUAAAAACGGUGACAGCAGCCGUUUCCGAGUGCAGCUAACGUACGAGUCCCGUGAUCCUCGGGAUCUCUCUCUGGAGACGGGAGAUCUCGUCCAGUUUGUGGAGGAAGCAAAGAAUGGAAACUGAUAUCUUCAGUGAUCUGUGUACAGCAGCACUUUCCGACUCUGAAAAUGAAGCCAGUACAUGGGGAGAUGUGUCUCAGGACAGCAAAUGAACAUGGCUGGCCACUGUAGUUCAUUAUAUUUAACUACAAACUGUAGUUUUUUUAACUGUAUUUCCUAAGCUGGACAACUAUAGGUUUUCUACUUGUAGCUCUUAUGAAUGAAUUGUAAAUAUGGCCUGCUAUUGUUUUACAGCUGUAGUUUUUCAUGUCUGACUGACUAAAUAUUCUCAGUAAUGCUUCUAGAAAAAAAGCUGGGAACUUAGCAUGCCUGAAUGCCACAGUGGGAAAGCCAUAUCAGGUUUAUAAUUCAAGGAAGUACCAGCAACUCUCCGUGGGGAAAUGAAGACUUCAUGGAUGCUGAACUGAAAAUUAAAUGAUUACUUACUGCGGAAAACGCUGGAUGCCUGGAAUUUAAAACCUUUCUGAUCUGGAUCACCGUAGGGAAUACCCUGUAAGCAGGCCUUGGGAAGGUGGCCUGGAUUGCUGUUACCCUGCACUGAAGCAGAACUCUUUAAGGUCGGAUUUUUCCUCUGUUGCCCAAUUUAAACUGUUUCAGCUGUUCGGGUUCAGCCAGCUUAUAACUAACUGCAAUUUUGAGGAGAAUCUACAAGUUGUUUUCUUUGGUUUUCUGUGUCCUAGUGGAGCAGCCACAUAAUAAUAAG